GUUCGCGCCUGCCAUAUUUGUAUUGUUGCACGGUACACUUGCCUAGAGGAUCGAUGUCUUUGGCACGUCAAUUUACUUCUACGCUCCUCAGAAAUGUCCUGCUCUCUUCUUCGCACUGGAGUAGUUCAGGUGGAAUCCUCAGUCAAUCCCCAUAUACUGCACAAUUUGGGGGCAGGUUCAUGUCUACCGAUCCAAUCAGGUUCGCAGUGCAGGCGUUGCGGAAAGCAGGGCAGUCAAAGUCAAAGCACCUGGACUCCCGCCGAAGCCUGGGCCCAGAGGAGUGCACUUUUAGACCUUCCACCACCAGCCGAUGCUUAUGCUGGCAGGAGGAUACCGGUCAACUCGGAUUUGCGGUCCGCAUUUCUGAAGCUCUCUAGACGCCUUCAGAAGAACUCAGUCUUUAGAGAAUGGAAGUCGGCCCUCCGCCACGAAAAGAGAGGCAUUAAGAGGAGCCGUCUCCGCAGUGAGAGGUGGAGGAGGCGCUUUGCAGACGAGGUCAGAAAGAAGGUGCAGCUGGUCAGUACGAUUCGCCGGCGGGCAUGAACAAACCCUGUUUACCUGUAGUGGAGCGGGAACGUGACAGAGGGACCUUUCUUGAGUUGCUACACAACUCUAAAUCAUUCAUUUGGAUGCAGUGUUUCCUGGGAUUCACGAUCUGUGAACGGGUGUGUACUGAAUGCGUCGCGUCAGAAAGAUGGCAGGUGUAGUGUGCUCAACGGCAAUUCCAUGGUCUGACGCUUCUAGGCCUUCACGCACUCUUUACAAUUGAUUGAACAUCAGAUC